UUAGAAGACGGAAUCGGCCUUGUCGACUUAACGUGUUAACAUUUUGUGCAUAAUUAAUUUUACCAACAAUUUUAAUUGGAGCAAUACAUAUUUAAUGUUAUGCACAUGUUGAGUUCGAUGUUUUGGACCUAAUGGUCGUUAUUGUUAAAGUAAUAAAUUACGAAAUGUUAUUACAUGCAAACAGUACGUGAUAAAUGUAAAAAGCACACUGAUGCAUCAUCAUUCAUUGAAAGAAACAAACACGAUUAGGUAAACUAUAGUGACCGAAGAUGGAGGCUCUUAAACAACGCCAAUGUCUGCUGUUUGUGAGGCUUUAGUUAGCCAAGGGCACCUCGCUACAUGCAGCACGAUAUAAACACGUUAUCGCAAUAUGCCGACCAUCAGUUUCUUCAAUUUGUGCAGACGACAUUUCGGAUGUUUAAACAGCGGAAGUGCGGAGGUUCGGGGCCAGCCUCAAGAUGCCGACGACGAUGACACAAGCGGUGACACUGCAGAACCCGUCGACGGCGUCGCUCCGAGACAUGUUGCCGACGACACGCCGGAAGAGGAACAUCCUGAGUGGGAGAUGGGCAUCCGGCGCUCAUCGUCAUCCAGGGGCAAUCGGAUAGAGGACCUGUCUCUGUCAGACAUCAUCUUGGACCCGGAUGGAAAUAUCACGUACUACUGGCUGAGCCUGGUCACUCUAGUGGUCAUCUACAACAUGGCGGUCAUCGUCCUCCGACUGGCCUUUGAGGAAAUGCGAGAUCCGUUGAUCGAGGAGUCGAUGUUCAGCGUUCUGGAUUCGCUGGGUGACGUCAUUUACGUCCUCGACGUCAUUGUCAAUGUUCGCGUGUCAUUCUACGAGGACGGAUGUCUGGUGCUAGAUCCACACCGAAUUAUAGAUCGCUAUGUGCACAGCAGAAAGUUCGUGCGUGACGUUACUUCCGUUCAACCGCUCGGCACAGUUUUCGGCGCCAUUAAUUUCGUCUGCGGAAUUGUUUACGCAGAUUUGUCGUCUGUGAUACCAAACAAGGUACAGAUCCUGCUGGUACGAUUACCGAGGCUUCUGAAAUACUCCACCAUGAGUCGGUACUUCGAUCUCACGGAUAGUCGGACUAGGAACCCUAACCUGCUUCGCGCUUUCAAACUGUCCUUGAACCUGUGGGUGGUGAUCCACUGGGUGGGGUGCGCUUACUACCUGGUCAGCGAGUACGAGGGACUGGGGGUCAACAGCUGGGUCUACCCUAGCGGCCCGGAAUACGCCAGCUUCACCAGGAAAUACAUCCGAGUAAUGUACUGGUCGCUGAUGACUCUCACCACCAUCGGGGAGCGGCCGCCACCGGAAACAGACCUGGAGUUCGUCUUCACCGGCCUUACGUUCCUCAUCGGCGUUUUCGUUUUCGCCGCCGUCGUCGGUAACGUCGGUGACGUCAUCAGCAACAUGAACGCUGCAAGAACCGAGUUUCAAUCGCGUAUGGACCAGAUCAAGUCGUACCUGCAGCACCGCCAGGUGGACGAGAAACUGCAGAACCGCGUGAAGAGAUGGGCAGACUACACGUGGAACAGAACUCAGUCUAUCGACGAGCCAUCCCUACUGCAGAUGCUUCCGGACCGCCUGCGUACCGAGAUCGCAAUCAACGUGCACCUAGAGACGCUCAAAAAGGUGAAGAUUUUCGAGGAGUGCGAGGAGGGGCUGCUACGGGAGCUGGUGCUUAAACUACGCCCCCAGGUCUACUCCCCGGGGGACUAUAUAUGCCGCUUGGGUGAGAUCGGCAAGGAGAUGUACAUCGUCAACCACGGCAAGGUCGAGAUUCUGGUUCCGAGCAACGUUACCGGGAAGCGUACCUACCUAACGACGCUCACUUCUGGUUCGUACUUCGGCGAGAUCAGUCUGCUUAAAAUAGACGAGGGACAAAACAGACGCACGGCGGACGUGCGGGCGGUCGGAUACUCGGAGCUCCUGAGACUCUCCCGACGGGACCUCAUGUCGGCCCUGGUGGAAUAUCCGAACGCCAAGCAAAUCCUGGAGAAGCAAGCGAAAGAAAGGAUCGAAAAGACAAAAGAAAUCCGUCGGCCAAGUUCCGAUACAGCGUCCCAGGCUUCCGGUGACAUUUUCUCCUCGCCGUCGGAAAGCAAGAAGGACAUGCUACUCAAUGUCAUUAAGUCCGAAAACUUCAAGAGACUCCUCGCCACACGACAAGUCGAGAUGGGAGAGAUGAGGUCCGUGUUGAACGAACUCAGGCACUUCGACAGCCAGUCGACGAAGCAGAAGAUAGCUGAUCUGCAGUCUAAGAACCAGGAGCUUUCCGACCAGAUAAAGUGUCGGGACAAGGAAAUACUUCUACUGAGGUACAGAGUCGAACGCCUGAAAUCCAAGGACCGCGCCUUUCGCGUCAUCAACAAAAACUCUCCGAAAUCCGCCAGGCGGCAGUCCGACGGAAACGGGGAAUGCGCAUGCGUCGAUAACUCUUAUCACACCUCUAAGAUACACACGGUUGAUCCUGAAGUGUACGAGGGGUGUCUGGUGUCUCAGUCAUUGGAAAAGCUAUGUAGGUCGGAGUCACACGGCAGAUGGGAUGCGAACAACGAAACAUUAAAUGAACAUUCCAAGCACAAUUCACUCACACAAGAACUCCGACGUAAACCUACUCUGAAGAACAAAAUCUUACGUCAUUCCAUAUCUGAACCAAAAAUAAUUACGAAAAAUAAUUCAAAGUCAUCACAGAACUCCCCGACCGGAUCUCGCCGCUCGAAAAUCCACAAAACCUUGCAAAGUCAUUCAAAUCAAAAUGGCGCUGGGAAAGCAGAGUCCGCCAAGUCCCACAGAAACGAGCCACCCAAGCGCCUGGUGACCCGGAGCAACAGCGUAAUGAACGACAGUGCUCAGGACCUCCGUGUCAUAGAGAAGCUUCUCGAGAUGGACUCAUAUCUUUCCGACAGUUCCGGUUUCACCUCGGACACUUCCGAUGACGAGCAUAGCGACUUCUACUUCGACGUACAUUUCUAAGAGACCUUGCCUUAUCCGACGCGUUUGACGUAAUUAAAGAAAUGGGUAUUGCUGUUAAAAUAUAAUGACGAAAGAAUUUGGGCUAAGUACACUCCGCCAGUGUGAAAUAGAUCUGAUCGUAGUGAAACACCUGAUUAGUCAUUACAAAAAACACCAAAUUUAUUACUAAGAGCAACCAAGAGUUGAAGAUUUCUAUCGGAGUACGCGUACCUGAAACCAGUGUCAAUACAAACAAUAAGUUGCGUUUGUAUACGCCUUAAGUAUAUUAGUAUUUAAAUAUAAUAAAAUAUUUCAAAUGUAAUAUACGAACAGAAACAUUUAUUUGCGUCAUUUGGUUCCUAGCAUCUGUAUGUUUCUUUGUGACGAUGGCACUCUUGAUGAAUGCUAGCCCACUCGAGGCGUUCUAGCAUUCCUAUUGUUAGGUCAUCAGAUUCAAGUGCGUUCAUAAGUAUAUUUAAAUAUGUUUAGAUCCAUAGUAUAUUUUCAGACGUUGCCGCUUUAAUUAUUGUAUUAUGUUGUUUUGUUGUUGCCAAUGUCUUUCAUAAUAUAUUUCUGUUGUCACUCGACCUCUUUGAUGAAUCUUUUGAGUAUUAAUCGACAUUAUGGAAUAUUGUUUACGCGUACAACGUUUUGUGCAAAUGUGUUGAAUGCUUUAAAGUCAGUAACAGUGCAUGUGGACUUCCGUAUUAGUAUGCCGUCAAUAGAGUUUUAGCAAACAUUCCAAUAUUUAAAUUAAUUGUUAUAGUUUAGAAAAAUAAUCAAAAGUAUUGUUAAUUAAAAUCUAUUGUUACUCCUGUUUUUACAAUCAACUCGUUCCAAGCUAGUCAUCUUUUGAAAAUUAUUAAUCCUAAUUCAAAUCGAACAACAAAUGUGUCCGUAUGAAACAGGAUGCCACAACAUUCCUGUUGCCUGAAAACUCAACUCAUAUAGGAAAUAACUCAACCAAAAAAGGAAUUGCGCAAGUUCACACACUAGUACAUAUAUUUGUACAGUUUAAAAGUUUAGGCCCUCUAUUAGCAAUACCUUUCGGGUUAUUCGCUUUGUUUUGUGUUAAAUAGGGGACCUAAAUUGUAUUCGUUUAAAUCCAAGGACACAAUGUUUUCCAAUACAAAAUGAAACUGUAUGCCAAGAAGUUUGAAAUUAUCCCCCAAACCUAUUUCAAUUUCAUUUAGAUCGACGAGUGCUAUAUUAAAAGACCAUAUCAUUAUAAAAUGGGUGUUGUCAAUACAAUAUUUUAAACCAGAAUAUUGGGAAAAUUGAUUAUUACUUAACAGUACCCCCACUUUCCUCUCGCAAAAAUGUUGUGUCAUCUGCGAACUGUGUAAAUUUCUAUUGUAUGCCAUUGAAAAAAUACAUUUGAUGUUCUUGA